GACCCACCCAACAAGUUGCUAAGUUUAUUGAUAAGAAAAGAAAACUGAGGAUGGCUUCUUCUCUUCCUCUUCUUGUUUGGGUAGUAAUAGUCAGUACUACCAUUCCCUCUUUAUUAUCCCCAUUCUUAACAUUACCGGCGGCAGAAGCUCAGGCGUUCAAGUGCAGCCGGCGGGGCGCAACCUGCGACGCCAUUGUAGACUACAUCUCCCCCAACGCCACCACUCUAUCCGCCGUCAAAUCCCUGUUCAACAUAAAAAAUCUCCGAUCCAUCCUGGGUGCCAACAGCCUCCCUCUCACCACUCCGGCCAGCAAAACCCUCCCGGCGAACCAGACACUGAAGAUUCCGUUCACGUGCUCGUGCGCCAACGGCACCGGCAGGUCCAGCAAUCGCCGCCCCAGCUACACGGUGGCCCCCGGGGACGGCCUGUACCAUAUCGCGGCGGAGGUGUUCGGGAACCUGGUGACCUUCGGGGAAAUCCAGACGGCGAAUAACAUACCGAAUUCGAACCUGAUAGUUCCGGGUCAGAAAUUGUGGAUCCCGCUGCCGUGCAGCUGCGAUGACGUGGAGGGGCAGAAGGUGGUUCACUACGGCCACGUGGUGGCGGCCGGAAGUUCCGUGGAGGCGAUUGCCGGGCAGUACAACGUCUCGCAGGAUGCUCUGCUGAAGCUGAAUGGGUUAAGCAGCCCUAAGGAUCUCAUAGCUGGAGCUAUCCUUGAUGUUCCUCUUCCAACAUGUAAAUCAAUGAUAAACAACGGAUCACUGGACUACCCACUGCUUGUUCCAAAUGGGAGUGUAGUGUUCACUGCUGGCAACUGCGUAUCUUGCAAGUGUGAUGCUCAGGCCGCUGCCGCUGUAAAUAACUGGAAUUUAGAAUGCCAACCCACACAGCUGAAAUCGUCAAUUUGGUCGAAAUGCCCGAGCACGUCGUGCCAAUUUGGUGGCUCGGUUAACGGUGAUAGUAGCUGUGCCAGCGGCAGCGACACAACUUCCGGGACAUGUACAUAUGCUGGCUACACCAACCAAACCAUUCUCACUGCCACCCUUAACUCGACUUGUCCCCAGAAGGAUGGAGGAUCUGCAUUAAGACCUCAAUAUAAUUGGAAAUGGCGCUUGAUACUCACCUUGUUGUGUUGGACAGUUCCCAUCUCAAGCAGUUACAUGUUUUGAUUGUGAAUAAAGUCAUUAGUUAAGUUGUGUGUGUCAUGCUAUUCUCCUCUCCUCCUUUUUGUGUAAUCCGGCCCAAUUACGGUUUAAUUUGUUUUGCUAGUCAUCAUCAACAUAAUUAUCAUCCGAGGUUUGUAUUGUAUCACUAUCUAUUGUUUUCUUAUGUCUGUGUGUGAAAUGUGUGAUUGGUGAUCUGCUUUCACUACGUAUGGAAGCAUUCAUGAUGAUGGUAAAUGACGAUUACAAAUGGAUGUACUUUGAAAUUUUGAAUCGUAAUGUACAUCUUUACUAACAAGUACUUUGAGUAGUCAUUUUUUUCACCAAACAUGUAAACUUUGAUUUUGUGCACUGUAUUGGGUAAUAAUAAGAAAAUUUAAGGUUGAAGUUA